GCUGAGAAGGAGUAGAGGCGCCGCGGCGGCAGCCACAGCCCAUAUCGUAGAUCUCGGGCUUGGGCCCCAGAAACCGAUCAUCUUGGUAGCCUUGGGAUCGAUCGAUCGUCGUCGUCGUCAGACAGCAACGACACCCUCGCCAAUACUACCGUCUAUCUUACGGCCAAACGAAGGAAGAGCGGGAGGCUGUAAUCGACCGAGCCCGCGUCGCAACACCGCGCAGCGAGAGGCAGAUAAGGGACACUCGGGAACACAAAACGGGGGGAACAGAGGGUAGAAAAAUGGCGAUGGUGCACCGGUCCCAGACCAGAUCGUCGGCUGGACGGCAGGAUCGGUGCCAUGGUGGAUUGAUAAAGCAGGCGUCCGCGGGGGGGAACAGCGUUUCCGUACCGGAUGGCCAGGCAGGACCAGCUCGGGGACGGUGGAUGAAGAUCCCACAUCCAACAGAGCACCUGGCUGGGCGCUACGCCAGCCUCUCAGAGGCCGCCCAGGCGGGUCGACGUGUGACAGUGAUUGUGACGGCCACUGCAGCUGCAGGAUUAUUGGCGGGCGGGCGCAUGGCACGGCGGGCCAGCCGGCGUCGUGAUGAGGAAGGUGCUCGCGGGGUCCGGCGCUUGCUCGUGGCCGGGCAUUGGCCCGUGGGCCCUGCAUGCACCUCACUGCACUUGUCACAUCAGCCCAGCCAUGCCGGCAUCCUGGCCAAUCAUUCCCCCACCCCCUCUUUACGCCAUCCGCGGAAUCUCAAGGGCGCUUCGCCAAAGGGAGCCCUACUGCCUGCCCGGAUCUGUAGUGUCGCCUCGGUCACCCACCGCGAGACGCCAAAAGUAAAGUCCUGUGUGACUGAUAGAAUUGUCCAAAUAAACCAAAGUUAGACAGGCACUAUAUGGAACAAGCAAAACCAAGUAAAAGGUAAACAAAACGCCUCCCGACAGCAAUUAGACGCCACGAUGCAUGCAGGUUAAAUCUUUUGCCCUCUUACGGCUGGCUUAAUAGAAU